AUGCCCCGUGAGAUUGCCUGGGACGCGGCCUUCAAGGUUCACAACCGCAUGGACCCAACUAAAAGCGGCAUGUUCAUGGCAUGGGACUUUGCUCGUGUCUGGGAUGGUCAAACCUUGUAUAUCCGAGACCUGGACUAUGGCAAGUGGAUCACCGGGUUGAUUGAAAAGUGUGGUUUCGAACCAGACACCCACUUCGCCAGAUACACCGUUUACUAUGAUGGUCUCGACGUCACUGGAAAUAUCCUCUGCGAAGCCCACUGGCACUAUGCCAUCAGAAUGAACCUGGAGCGUGGUCUGGACUUUGAAAUUGUUCCCCAGGAUGGGUAUCUUGAGACUAACCAUGACGGAACUCUGAAUGAAACGAUCAGCCGGGAGGAUUUCUUGGCUUGGGUUGAUAAUCAGUACAUGUACCUUUCCGAUUGA